AUGGCACGAUCAUCUGAAUCUGAUCAUAAACGUCCAAACUACCAUCAAUGGCACGAUAGUGUAGUUCAAGAACACCAGGAUGAUGAAUCAGUUUCAUCCAACUCUGAUUCCGUAGAAUCUGACCACAAACGUCCCAACUACCAUCAAUGGCACGAUCGUUUAGUUCAAGGACACCAGGAUGAUGAAUCAGUUUCAUCCAACUCUGAUUCUAUAGAAUCUGAACACAAACGUCCAAAUUACCAACAAAGGUACCGUCGUCAGGUUAGAGAGCACCAGAGUGAUGAAUCAGUUUUAUCUAACUCUGGAUCUGUAGAAUCUGACCACAAACGUCCAAAUUACCGUCGUCUAGUCGAAGAACGCCAAGAUGAUGAAACAUCUGGUCAAAGAACACCAGGUGAUAAAUCAGUUUCAUCUAACUCUGAAUCUAAAGAAUCUGACCACAAACGUCCAAAUUACCGUCGUCUAGUCGAAGAACACCAAGAUGAUGAAACAGUUCAGUCCAAGUCCGAAUCCGAGGAAUCUGAUGAUAAACGCCCAAAUUACAAUUGGUACCGUAGUCUGGUCAAAGAACACCAGAGUGAUAAAUCAGUUUCAUCUAACUCUGAAUCUAAAGAAUCUGACCACAAACGUCCAAAUUACCGUCGUCUAGUCGAAGAACACCAAGAUGAUGAAACAGUUCAGUCCAAGUCCGAAUCCGAGGAAUCUGAUGAUAAACGCCCAAAUUACAAUUGGUACCGUAAUCUGGUCAAAGAACACCAGGGUGAUAGAUCAAUUUCAUCUAACUCUGAAUCUAAAGAAUCUGACCACAAACGUCCAAAUUACCGUCGUCUAGUCGAAGAACACCAAGAUGAUGAAACAGUUCAGACCAAGUCCGAAUCCGAGGAAUCUGAUGAUAAACGCCAGAAAUCUGAUAAAGUCCAUCCAAGAUGGGGAUUUUAUAGUUACUACAAUGGAAAACCAUAUUAA